AGCAGAACGAUACAAAUUCACUAAUUUCGAUUAAUAGUCGGUAUACUUAAGACCAGCUUGGCACUACUCUUCGUUUUCGCGAAUCAUUUCAUAAACAAAUAGGUGUCCGUGGAGUGAUUUGCAGUAUUUUCGUUCUGCAUCGAAUAUUCAAGAACCGUCGGGUCUAGCUGUACGACGAACAAGCCCCAGUAUAAAAGCCGAAGCUGCAGCCAUUGCGGUUGUAUACAUAAAGAACAACUGCGACGCAAUAGACGACAGCAUCGAGAAGCACACGAAGCAAAUUGUGAAACAAAUAAUUAGCAAAUAGAAUUGUUCGCUGUCUACUUUGUCAAAUUAAAACAUAAAAAAAAUUUAUUUCAACAUGUCUGAGAAAUUGCUAAAAAUCACUUACCACAGUGCACCAGCUGGUGUAGGCAAGAAGCUGAAUGCAUAUUUGCGAAUGCCAUCAAGUAAUUUUAGCAUUCUUCGUCGCGAAAUUGAGAUGUACCUGUUCCAGGAGCGACAACUCUCCAAUUGCGAGUUCAGGACAUUUUGGAUUGAUUCCGAUGCUGAUGAAAUUGAAGUUUUCAAUCAAAAUGAUUAUGAAAUUUUCCUGGCUAAAUGUGCUCAGAAUAUGCAUUUGCAAAUUGCCGCCGUUGGCGCCGAUCAGACGGAAGCCAAGCAGGCAUCAGCUGCUAGCCAAGCAGAAGACGAUCCCAGCAAUUUCAUUAUCCAUGAUGGAGUCGAGUGCGAUGCAUGCGGCGUUUGGCCACUGAUCGGGUUUCGGUACAAAUGCAUACAGUGCCCAAAUUUUGAUUUGUGCCAGGCUUGCGAGUCGGCACAUAAGCAUGCCGAUCAUAUAAUGGUGCGAAUGCCCACCAACAAUGGACCGAGUGUAGUUGAGGCCUGGCUAAGUGGCCCGGGUAACAGCUCGCAUCAUCAUCGCCGUUCGAGCCGUCGCUUUCGCGGUCAAUGUCCAUUUGCAGAGGCAACUGCUACGACAACUACUGCUUCGGCACAAGAUCCGCCGACUGCUACUGCUACUGGCGGAGAUUCGUAUAAAGGAAGUCGUCGCGAAAGACGCCAUGGCCGCCGGAAUGUUAACGUAUUUUCCCAAUUCGUCGAAAUGAUGAUGAACUGGCCGGAGAGCAAUUCAACGCCAACUACGGCUGCCGCAAGUCAGGAGGCCAAAGAGAACGAGCCAAAAGACAAAGCAACUACAGUAAGCCAAGAAAAAUCAGAAGGAACUCAAAAAGCUGAGAAAUUAGAGGAGUCUAAUGACAUCCCAGUAAAGUCAGCAGCUUCACCUGAAGUAAAUGCCGCUGCCAAUGCAGAAGAGCCCGUGGCUGCUCCUCGCAGCCCCAAGGAGCAACCACAGCCACAGGCAACUGGCACGCCCACGGCUAAUAGCAUACCGACAACCCCGGUAAUAAGUCUGGAGAAUUUGGCGCAGGUUGUCAAUCCUGAGUAUAUGCGUGCCGGUAUUGAAAUAUUAAACAACUUUAGUGAAAUGUUUGCUAAAAUGAUUGAUCCCAGUGCAGCAGCUGAUUUUGGCUGUGCCGAUACGUCUACGGCCUCAAAUGGCUCAACAACUUCUGAGAAGUCUGAAACUGUCUCAGAGACCGCAGAGAAUCCAAGAAAACAAUCAACAGAAACAACAAGUGCAGAACAGUCACUGGAUGACAAUGGAACACAAACAUCUGUUCCAAUUGCUGCUGCUGCAGCAGCUGCACCUGCAACCGCAACUGUUGGCAAACCAGUGGCACAGACAACUAAUACCGGAACAGAGGAACGACGUAGAUCCGAGAGCUUAGAUCAGGAUUGGCAAAUGAUUGAUAACACGGCCUCGCCCAUUGCCAAUGUUUCUAGUUCAGAUGCAUUGAUUAAUUUGAGCACCACAAACGCUACCACAACAGAUUCACCGGCAACCCCGGCACGUGACUUUGUGCAAUUGGGUGAAAUGCUGCGUCAGCACAUGAACGAAGAACAACAGCGGGAACAGGCAACAGCUCACACACAAACUUCCCAGGUAAACACGGUAAGCACAUCGACUUCAACCACAGCUGUGACCACCAAUAGCACCUCGACAUCGACAGCGGGUAAUCCACCAGCUCCUGAGGAGAAGCGCCAAGUACCCAUUUAUCAUACCGAUGAACGUAUCAAUGCCGCAGUGCACGCAAUGAUGGCCAUGGGCUUCAGCAACGAAGGAGCCUGGUUGACGCAGCUGUUGGAGUCAGUGGAGGGCAAUAUACCGGCUGCAUUGGACAUUAUGCAUACAUCGCAGUGAUCGCAAUUGAUUCUUUUUGUUGCAUAUUUAUAAGUUCAUUCAUUUUAUAUUUGACAAUUUAUAUUAGCUUCGGGCAUAUGUUGUCAGUUUUUGUUUAUCUCCGGUGAAAUGUUUGC